AUGACUUCUUCUAGCAUUAAGGAUACGACGGAGGAGGAGCAGAGUGCGACGGAGAUUGUGCCGGCUGAAGGUGGUGGUACUACUGGUAGUGGAGGAGUGGAGAAGGCCGAGCCUGUGAGUAGUGGCGGGGAGGAAGAGAGUGGUAGUGUUGGUGAGAAACUCGACGAUCCAAUGGAAGAGGACUCGGUGAGUCCGGCUACCGUGUUUUGUAUCAGGCUUAAACAGCCACGGUCGAAUUUGCUGCAUAAAAUGAGUGUGCCUGAGCUUUGUCGCAAAUUUAGUGCUGUUGCUUGGUGUGGUAAGUUGAACGCGAUAGCUUGUGCAUCAGAAACUUGUGCAAGAAUUCCAAGCUCCAAUGCAAACCCACCAUUUUGGAUCCCCAUACAUGUUGUUAUCCCUGAGAGACCAACUGAAUGUGCAGUUUUCAAUGUCAUAGCAGAUUCUCCUCGUGAUUCUGUUCAGUUUAUCGAAUGGUCCCCUACGUCUUGCCCUCGUGCAUUAUUAAUAGCUAAUUUUCACGGGAGGAUAACUAUCUGGACUCAGCCUUCUCAAGGUCCGUCUAAUUUGGUACGUGAUGCUAGCUGCUGGCAGCGUGAGCAUGAAUGGCGACAGGAUAUUGCAGUUUCUACGAAAUGGCUAGCCGGUGUCUCUCCAUAUAGGUGGCUUUCGUCAAAGUCCAGUACUCCCACAAACUCAAAGUCAGCUUUUGAGGAAAAAUUCCUUUCUCAGCAUUCUCAAACUUCAGCUAGAUGGCCAAAUUUCCUUUGUGUUUGUUCUGUUUUCUCAUCGGGCUCUGUUCAACUUCAUUGGUCCCAGUGGCCCCCUAGCCAGAAUAAUUCAUCACCGAAGUGGUUUUGCACAAGCAAAGGACUCUUGGGUGCCGGCCCUAGUGGGAUUAUGGCUGCUGAUGCUAUUAUAACGGAUAGUGGUGCUAUGCAUGUUGCAGGUGUUCCAAUUGUAAACCCUUCAACUGUUGUUGUUUGGGAGGUUACUCCUGGCCCUGGAAAUGGAUUUCAAGUGACUCCAAUGGCUAGUGCUAGCAAUGGGGUCCCACCUUCAGUUAAGCCACCCAAUUGGUCAGGUUUUGCUCCUUUGGCUGCAUAUUUAUUCAGCUGGCAAGAGCAUGUGAUGUCUGAAGCAAAGCAAGGGAAAAAGCAUGUGGAUCAAGAUUUCACCACUGCUGUCUCACUUCAUUGUUCGCCAGUUUCAAAUUUUUCUGCAUAUGUGAGUCCUGAGGCUGCAGCUCAAUCUGCAGCAACUACUACUUGGGGUUCUGGAGUCAGUGCCGUUGCUUUUGAUCCAACUCGUGGUGGCUCUGUGAUUGCGGUUGUUAUAGUUGAGGGACAGUAUAUGUCCCCUUAUGAUCCAGAUGAGGGUCCUUUAAUCACGGGAUGGAGGGUGCAACGCUGGGAAUCGUCCCUUCAACUUGUUGUUCUUCAUCCAAUAUUUGGAAAUCCCACUUCUGGUUUUGGUGGGCAAGCACCAAUGCAAACUGUAUGGGUGUCCAAAGUGGAUACAAGCAUACCACCAACUAAUGAUUUUAAAAAUCACCAAGCAGCUGCUGCAGGACCAAUCUCUGAUCUAAGGAAGGCAUCUGAUUCUGGUGCUGAUAAGACAAAAAGAAUGACCUUUGAUCCCUCUGAUUUGCCUAGUGAUGUUAGAACUCUUGCUCGAAUUGUUUAUUCUGCUCAUGGUGGCGAGAUUGCUAUUGCUUUUCUGCGGGGUGGGGUUCACAUUUUCUCUGGGCCAAACUUCUCACUCGUUGACAAUUACCAGAUUAAUGUCGGAUCUGCAAUUGCUGCUCCUGCCUUCUCUUCCACAAGCUGCUGCUCGGCUUCAGUUUGGCACGACACUAGUAAGGAUCGCACUUUAUUGAAGAUAAUUCGUGUUCUUCCUCCUGCUGUUCCAAGUAGUCAGGUGAAGGCUAACUCAGCAAUCUGGGAACGUGCUAUUGCUGAGAGGUUUUGGUGGAGCCUUUUGGUUGGAGUUGAUUGGUGGGAUGCUGUUGGCUGUACACAGAGUGCUGCUGAGGAUGGCAUUGUUUCACUUAAUAGUGUCAUUGCAGUCUUGGAUGCGGAUUUUCAUUCUCUUCCUUCUACCCAGCACAGGCAGCAGUAUGGUCCUAGUCUGGACAGAAUAAAAUGUAGGCUACUGGAAGGUACAAAUGCUCAGGAGGUUAGGGCAAUGGUUCUUGACAUGCAAGCUAGGUUGCUGCUUGAUAUGCUGGGCAAAGGCAUUGAGUCAGCUUUGAUAAAUCCUUCAGCAUUAGUACCUGAACCAUGGCAGGCUUCUGGUGAGACAUUAUCUGGCAUUGAUCCUGAAGCAAUGACGGUUGAGCCAAACCUUGUUCCGAGUAUUCAGGCUUAUGUUGAUGCAAUUCUUGAUCUAGCUUCACAUUUUAUCACACGUCUACGGCGUUAUGCAAGUUUCUGUCGCACACUGGCCAGUCAUGCUGUUACUGGCACAGGCAGUAACCGCAAUAUGGUGACUAGUCCUACUCAAAGUUCGGCAUCGCCUGCACCAAGUCAGGGUGGUCCAAAUGGUGCUACAAGUUCUACUGGAAGCACUCAGAUGCAAGCUUGGGUACAAGGUGCCAUUGCUAAGAUUAGUAGCACAACUGAUGGCGUGUCCAGUGCAACUCCAAAUCCCAUAAGUGGUCCAUCUUCCUUUAUGCCAAUAAGCAUUAACACUGGAACUUUUCCUGGAACACCAGCAGUGAGGCUCAUUGGUGACUGCCAUUUCCUUCACAGAUUAUGCCAGCUUCUGCUUUUCUGUUUUUUCUUUCGGCGAACUCAACUACCUCGCUCUCUCGUAAGUACACAGAGAAAUUCCACUGAUACAAAUGUGCAAAAACCUCAGCCUGGUGCUCCUGGCAAGGUGGAAGAGAUCAACACCGUGAUCAAUACUGUUCCUUCAAAGCCAGCACCAGCUGUGGUCAGGUCAGAUGAAGGUCAGGCAGCUCGAGGUGGUCAGGUAAUGCCUGGAGCUAAAGCAGUCGAAGAGGGACCUGCUGGCAGGAACAGAGUAGGCAGUGGCAAUGCUGGCCAAGGAUACAGUUUUGAGGAGGUGAAGGUCCUUUUCCUCAUACUCAUGGAUCUUUGUCGGCGAACAGCAGGUCUGGCACACCCAUUGCCGGUUUCUCAAGUAGGAAGCAGCAAUAUCCAGGUGCGGUUGCAUUAUAUUGAUGGCAACUAUACUGUAUUGCCAGAGGUUGUAGAAGCAUCUCUUGGUCCUCAUAUGCAGAACAUGCCACGGCCAAGAGGUGCAGAUGCUGCUGGUCUGUUACUCCGGGAGUUAGAACUACAUCCUCCAUCUGAAGAGUGGCACAGGCGGAAUAUGUUUGGCGGACCCUGGUCUGAUCCAGAUGACAUGGGUUCAGAUGAUACUUCUAAGCUUAACUCAGAUUCACUUGAUUUCAGCUCGUUGGAAAAUUGUGAUGUUUAUUAUGGAGCUCAUGGUCUAUGGCCAAGGAAGCGCAGACUGUCUGAAAGAGAUGCAGCUUUUGGCUUGAACACUUCUGUUGGCCUGGGAGCAUAUCUUGGCAUAAUGGGAUCUCGAAGAGAUGUUGUUACUGCAGUGUGGAAGACUGGUCUUGAAGGCGUUUGGUACAAGUGUAUAAGAUGUUUGCGGCAGACUUCAGCUUUUGCUUCCACGGGUGCUGCAAGUCCACCUAAUCAAAAUGAAAGAGAGGCUUGGUGGAUCAGCCGCUGGGCCUAUGGCUGUCCAAUGUGUGGGGGAACAUGGGUUCGAGUUGUAUAG